AUGAACAUGGAAGCCAAGCACGGCUCCCCGGUUCCUGCAGAGCUAAGCGGGGAUCGUGAUUCUGCCGAUAUGACGGAACACGAGCAAAUGGAUGUAAAAUCCAAGACUAAUGGCGAUAGCAAGGCGGACCGUAAAGCUGCCAAUGCCAAGGACCCCUCGCGACCGCGACGGAAGAAGGCCCGGCGAGCUUGCUUUGCCUGUCAACGAGCUCACUUGACUUGCGGCGACGAACGACCGUGUCAACGUUGUAUCAAGCGUGGCCUUCAAGAUGCGUGCCAUGAUGGCGUUCGCAAGAAGGCAAAAUAUCUCCACGAUGCCCCAGAUGGAGCAUUGAUGCCAGCUGUAACCGGCAGCACCAACAACCUCUACAAUAACACGCUUCGCAAUAAUUUGCCCAUGUCUAGAAAUGGCUCAAACUCCGUCAACUCAAAUCAGCAGCACAACCAGCAACAUAAUCAACAACACAGUCAGCAACAAGCUCCCACCAAUAACAACUUCUACCCUACGCCUCAGCCUCAGCCAGGCCCCUACAAUGUUUAUCAAGAUCCUCCUAUGAGCCAAAGCCCUUUUACGACACAAUCGCCCGUUUCACCUACUUUCAACAUGAAGAACAGUACCAAUGGCCGGAACCCUAGUCUUUCUUCGACUGUGAACCAGCAGCCUACCCCAAGUACUGCCCUUUCCGGGGACACGAGCCAGCCUCAGAAUCCCUUUGCAGGACCAUUUUUCGACCCGAGUGAUCCCGCACUUUUUAAUUUUGAUCUUUCAAGCAUGAACUUUGAAAAUCGAUAUGGUGCUCUAGAAUUUGGGAUGCUUGGACACAUGGCCACCGGGGCCGGUGACUCUCCGACUGAUUCCGCAGGACAGCGAGGGUCGAUCGGCCGCAGCGGAUCUGCACAGUUCUCCACACCAGCUCCUGGAUUUGGGGAAAGCCCGGGAAAUCAACCAUUCAUGUUCGGCGAUCCUCUUCUAAACGAAUGGCCAACUGGACCGGCCUCGGGCCAACAUGUGAAUGUCGGAGGUGUGUAUGGUCAAAAUGGCAUGCUUCCCGAACACAUGAAAGCAAAUGCACCGCAUGCAUUUGCGAUCGAAAGCGGCCCUGCCAACUUAACUAGCCCUGGCUCGGCACCGAGUCCAAAUAUCCCAACGACUACGUUUGACGAUGGCACAUUCAAUGUUUCUGCUCAUACCAAGUCUAACAGUUUAAUACCGAAUGGUCAGCGCCAGGUGACAUCAGCGUCGAUCCUCAAACACCCGAAUCUGCAAAUUGGCUCCAAACGGCGUCAUCGCAAUCCCUCUUCAAUAUACGAGAGCGUUAAAGAGCCCUAUGCUUACACAAGUGGGUUCCACAACCUCACUGCUUUUAUACAACGUCGCUUUUCGCCACAAAAGACCGUGCGAAUCGCCAAGGCUCUCGCAUCUAUCCGACCCUCUUUUAUCGCAACUACCAAGACACUCAAUCGCGAUGAUCUCAUCUUCAUGGAAAAAUGUUUCCAGCGAACACUGUGGGAAUACGAAGACUUCAUCAAUGCUUGCGGCACACCGACAAUCGUCUGUCGACGCACCGGUGAAAUCGCCGCCGUAGGCAAGGAGUUCAGCAUCCUUACCGGGUGGAAGAAAGACGUUCUCCUGGGCAAGGAAGCAAACCUGAACGUCAACACCGGCGGGUCAGGUGUACCUCAGUCUGGGACAACGUCGCGAGGCAGUUUCACGCCCCGCGGCUCAACGCUAGAAAAUUCCACCGCUGGCCACCCACAACCUGUCUUCUUGGCUGAGCUCCUUGACGACGACAGUGUCGUGGAAUUCUAUGAGGACUUUGCUCGUCUGGCAUUUGGCGACUCUCGCGGAAGUGUCAUGACGAGAUGCAAGCUUCUUAAAUACAAGACCAAGGAGGAUAUGGAGGUUGCUCCUGACGAUCACGGGAAAUGGAACAAUCAUCUCCGUAAGGGUGGGAUUGCUGGCGAGGCUGGUAUGAACCAGCUUGGCUUCAAGGAUGGAAAGGUCGAUUGCGCGUACUGCUGGACAGUCAAACGUGAUGUGUUCGAUAUUCCGAUGCUUAUUGUGAUGAAUUUCUUGCCAUGCAUUUGA